CAGGGGCCCUCCAUCGCUGCCCUGCUGGGAGGCAAAUCUAGACCGGUGGAUCCUGCUGCCUCCUACCAUCUUUUAUGAGCUUUUUCAUGAUGGUUGCCUUUCAGAGGGUUAAUCAUGAUGCUAUUGUUUAUUUCGUGCCAUUCUUAGCUCCAUCAAGCACAGCAGAGGCCAAAUAUAUAUUGAAUAAAUAGGGGGAAAUAAAGCUCCCAUUUCUGUAUGGUCCGGUGGGGUUUUUAACUAGACUAGGAAGCCUGCCAGAAGAAGACAUGGCAGGCAGGCUGAUGGGCCUAACUCAUUCAUGCACACCCAGUUAUGUUAGGGGCUAAUGGUGAAAGCCUUUAGAGGGGCAGUAGAAGUUCUGAAUGGACAACCAUUUUUAUCCAGUUAGGUCUGACACCACCAACACAAGCUCUGCAGCAUCACUGAAGACCUUUGGAUCGAAAUACUUUCCAUUACCUGUUACAGCCUCCACGGCAGCAUCUUUUCACUGUUAAGGAGCAACCAUGGAAGCCCUCUGCAGCUCAGAGGAGAUGGUUACAAAAACAACUCAGCUGUGGGCAAUGCUGGAUGACAUGGCCGAGAACAACCCUGAAAGUUAUCGCCAGUUCAUGCAGCAGCAACUAAAGGAUGCAAAGCAGCAUUGUGCUCCCCCAGAGCCAUGCAUGUGCCUGCAGACCUGCAUCUUGGAACCUACCAAAACCUACCUGUUCAUAAACCUGUGCAGUUGGAAUAGGAUCCCUGCUCCUAAAUCACCCUUGGAGCCGGUUCCAUUGAGUGCUGGCAAAAUGGAGGCACUAUCGGAUAACUCAGAGAUCUACAACAUCCUUGAUAUUGCGUACAAUCCAUCUGUUCUUGAGCAAGUCAAGGAUAACCCAGCAGAGAAGGAUCGUUUGAUAUGCACGUCACUCAAGCACGUCACGGAACAUUACAGCAUCACUUUGUCCCACUCCUCUAGAGUGGCAAAAUUUAAACUGAAAGGAAGCCUUGAAAGGAUGAGGGAGCGCUUGAGAAGAGGACAGCCCCCCUUGGCUUUGUCCCAGAACUACUCCAGCAAAGGAGUGACACUCAGCCAACUGAGAAGCCUCAUGGCAGAGGACAGCAGCGGCCUUGUUCUGCCACCAAAGAACCCCGCCCCUUCCAAAAAGCGUCUAAUUGAAGAGAUUUCCACCACAAACAGGCCAGAGGUGUACAAGCCUGCCUAUGAAAUCACUACCAAGAAGGAUGCAAAUGAGAAGCCCCUAGAAAUUGAACUGAAAAUUGAAUUGCCAGACAUUUGCUGUGUGUCUGAGUGCAACCUGAGUGUUUCUAAGGAUGAUGUCUUGAUUGACUGCCUUGAAAAAUACAGAUUGCAGGUGGAUCUUCCAGAGUCUGUGGAUGAAGAAGCAACAUCAGCAACUUUUUAUAAAAAGAAAGGGAUCUUGCUCAUCACAAUGCCUGUGUAUAAGGGAAAAUGACGUUAGCCAAUCCAGUGUGUGUGAAUACCCCCCCACACUUGUGUUGAUACACUUACAUGUCCUCAUUCAGCACUUCCUAUUCAACAUUAUGCACAGGUUAAUAUUAAGCAUACUGGUUUCAUGCCUACAUUUUACUCCUCUGAGUUUUAAGGCUGAAAUUCUUGCUCCCCUUUGGGGAUGCAAAAACUCAGGAGCAUGGCCUGGAGAUAAAAUGCACUCCCAAGUACAUGUUUUAACAUUUACUCUGAACAUUGUUCUGAAGGCAUAGUUUCUACUGCAGUGUAACUAUAAGAGAUUAACAAAUAAAUGAACUUGGUAUCUUGAAUAAUUUCUCCAUUAACUGAAACAAUAAAGGAAAAGCUAUUAUUUUCAA